AUGUUGAGCGUUGUAAAUGGUGUCCAGGCCUUUCGAUAUGGUGUUAAAACCUUUCGAUUUCAGCAAUCGAUUAGAACUUGCAAACGCAAUCUGUACUCAAGGCUUCGAGAUACGUCUGAGUUUGUUACUCUAAAAUCGGCCAACAAGCUCAGAACUGUGUCGGCACCGGCUUACAUAUCGUCGCCAAAUUCAAAAUUGCAAUCUGUGAUCUGGCAACGUCCACUACAAAACGUUCUUAUUACGAAAAAGCCGUGGGCGGACAAUACUCGCCAGGCAAUGGUGGAGUUUAUCACCCAUCUACACGACUCAUACCCCGAGAUCAAUGUCCUGGUGCCACCAGACGUUGCUGAAGAAAUAGCUCAGGAUUUUGUUAAAAAUCCGCAAUCGAAUCCCGGAGAACCACACGUUUUGUACACUGGAGAAAUCGAAGAAAUCGUUGAUAAAGUGGAUCUGUUGGUGACAUUGGGAGGCGAUGGUACCAUUCUUAGAGCUACUUCGCUGUUUGCUAAUGCUCAGGUACCACCGGUGCUAGCAUUCUCACUUGGUACCUUGGGAUUUCUUCUUCCGUUCAACUUUAAAGACCACAAGGCUGUGUUUGAACAAGUGAUGAGUUCUAGGGCCAAGUGCUUGCAUAGAACUCGUCUUGAGUGCCAUAUCAUCCGCCGUGGUAGCAACUCGGGCGACAAUCUUCCCGUGAGGCACCAUGCCAUGAACGAUAUCUUCAUUCACAGAGGCAACUCCCCUCACUUGACGAACUUGGACAUCUACAUCGAUGGCGAAUACUUAACAAGGACUACUGCGGACGGUGUAACUUUGGCUACUCCCACAGGCUCGACCGCGUACUCUUUAUCUGCAGGCGGAAGUAUUGUUUCUCCACUGGUGCCUUCUAUCCUACUGACUCCAAUCUGUCCUCGGUCACUAUCAUUCCGGCCCCUCAUUUUGCCGCAUUCGUCGCACAUAAAGAUCAAGAUUGGUUCAAAGCCGCUACAGGGUCCUGACAAUAAAGUGGUCAAACUAUCCAUUGACGGAGUACCACUGGAGGAUCUGAAUGUGGGCGACGAGAUUCAUGUGGUGAACGAAGUUGGUACCAUAUAUGUGAAUGGUUCUGAGCUACCCAGUACGAAAAACUCUAAUACCGCGAAACAAAGAGGCCAUCUGACCAGGAAUUCCGGUAUCUACUGUAUUGCCAAGACCGAAAAUGAUUGGACUCGCGGCCUCAACGAGCUUUUAGGCUUCAAUUCUAGUUUCCGCUUUAAUUCUCGCAAGGACAACUAA